GCUGCCCCGGAGCUCUGAGCGCCGCCUCCGCCUCCCCCAGCACGGGCGGUGGGGCGCGGGGCGGAGGCGCUCCCCCGGCAGGUGCUAGUAAUGUAAAGCCAUUGGACGGUGUGAAAAUUCUUGACUUAACAAGGGUACUCGCAGGGCCCUUUGCCACAAUGAAUUUAGGAGAUCUAGGGGCUGAAGUUAUCAAAGUGGAGAAACCAGGAGCUGGUGAUGAUACAAGAGCCUGGGGCCCACCUUUUGCAGGAACAGAAAGUGUUUAUUUUCUUAGCAUCAAUAGGAAUAAAAAGAGUAUAGCUGUCAACAUGAAGGAUUCAAAAGGAGUAAAGCUAAUCAGAGAGCUUGCAGCAGUGUCUGAUGUUUUUGUGGAAAACUAUGUCCCUGGGAAACUGGCUGAAAUGGGCCUGGGUUAUGAAGACAUUAAAAAGAUUGCUCCUCACAUAGUGUACUGCUCAAUAACAGGUUAUGGUCAGACUGGUCCAAUGGUUCAAAGAGGUGGAUAUGACUCCAUUGCAGCUGCAGUAUCUGGUCUUAUGCAUAUCACAGGGCAUGAGGAUGGUGAGCCAGUUAGACCAGGAGUAGCCAUGACAGAUCUUGCUACUGGGUUGUAUACAUAUGGAGCAAUUAUGGCUGGUUUACUUCAGAGGUAUAAGACAGGGAAAGGACUGCACAUUGACUGCAAUCUCUUGUCAUCUCAGGUUGCAUGUCUCACUCAUGUGGCAGCUAAUUACCUUAAUUGCAAAAUUGAACCAAAACGCUGGGGUACUGCUCAUGGAAGUAUUGUUCCCUAUCAGGCUUUUAAGACCAUGGAUGGCUACUUUGUGGUGGGAGCUGGAAAUGAUAAGCAGUUUGUCACUGUGUGCAAGAUCCUGAAUGUGCCUGAAGUUAGUAGGGAUGCCAGAUACAAAACUAAUACACUCAGAGUCCAAAACAGAAAAGAACUUAUUGACAUAUUGUCAGCCCGGUUUUCAGAAAAAGCAACUUUUGAAUGGUUGCAGCUCUUUGAAGGUAGUGGGGUUCCAUAUGGCCCAAUCAACAAUAUGCAGCAAGUAUUCUCGGAUCCUCAGGUGCUGCACAAUGGACUUGUGAUGGAAAUGAAUCAUCCAACAGCUGGGAGGAUAGCUGUUCCAGGACCGGGUGUCAGAUACAGUGAAUUUGCUGUGUCACAUCCCAAACCACCUCCGCUUGUUGGACAGCAUACAGUGGAGAUACUGAAGGGCAUGCUGGGGUACGAGGAUGAUGCCAUAGAGGAAUUGCUCUGCAGUGGUGCUGUGGCUCAGCAUGAGGUCAGAUAAGGAACAUUAGCUACAUUCCUUCACACUGAGUUCACAUUACUUUGUCCUCUUUUUGCUCCCUUCAGCUCCCCUAAUGGGACUCAAAGAGAAGACAUAAUUUAAUUCUUAAUUUUCUUCCAUGUGUGUUUGUAUGAUUUUAACACUGAUGUAUCAAAUAAACAAUCUCAU